GUGUUUGUGUAAAUAAGUGAUUGUGAAUGCCAAACAAUUUUCAUGUAGCCCAAGAUCAGGAACACACGCACUCCCAAGUCUAGACUGGACUCCAUCUGGAUUUGUUUCGCAUACAAUGUCACGACGCAAACAGUCGAAUCCAAAGCCGUUGAAUAAAGGUGAUUGUUCCGAUACCACAGAAGAGAUGACCGUUGACAGCAGAGAUUCCAAAGAUAUGGGCGAGGAGAAACAGCUGUUGGAGCCCAAUGAAGAGCACAGCCAAACGAAUGCUACUGAGCAGGAAGAUGAUGAGACUGAAUGCGGCUUCGCUGCAGGUGAUAAUGAGAACGCUGCGAUGAGAGAGACCCCGCCACCGCCGGCCAAAUCAAGUCCCCAUUUGGAGGCCAAGCUGGAGCAGCAUCAGCCGGAAGCGCUACCCUCGCGUCCCACCAGCAAUGAGGCACGCAGCCCAACGCCUGCACGCUCCGAGCAGCGUCUGAACAGCUGUGAUGAGCUCAUACCGAAGCUGGAACUGGAUAUGGACACGCCAUCGCCUUCCUCCACAACACGACCCACUACAGUAUCCCCGAGCCCCUCACCACCGCAGAACGAGCGCACGCCGCUGCCUCCUUUGCCAAAACUGCGUCUCAACACGCUGCUUGCCUCAGACCCAGCUCUCAAGCCCGAUGCCAAGGAGUUGAGCCUAAUGCACGAGGAGACACCCUCGAAGCAACGCUUGCUGGCCGCCACAGCAUCCGCGCUUAGCAAGCAACAGCAGGAGCAGCAGCAGCAGCAGCUGGCCGAUGCUUUGGUCGAGCCUUUGCUAAAGCCUGCCCGCUUCAUGUGCCUGCCCUGCGGCAUUGCCUUCAGCUCACCGUCAACGCUGGAGGCACAUCAGGCCUACUACUGUUCACAUCGCAAUAAGGACGACGAUGAGGUGCUGCCUGUGGCCGACAAAGCCUCAGGAACGGCCUCUGGCGCAUCUUCGGCUUCCGGAGGCGGCACUUCCGGAGGCAGCUCUGAGCCAGCAGCCAAGGCUGCGCGAACGGGCAAGCAAUACGCAUGCACUCAAUGUUCCUAUAGUGCCGACAAGAAGGUCUCGCUGAAUCGUCACAUGCGCAUGCAUCAAAGCUCCCCGGCUCCCAGUCUGGGGGCAUGCAGCGCCAAUGGCGCGUCUGUGGUGCCAGCCCCAAGCGGCGCCGGAUAUGAGGAGAGCUCUAGUCAACAAACCGACCGUUACUGCAGCGAUUGUGAUAUACGUUUCAACAAUGUGAAGACCUACCGCGCCCACAAGCAACACUACUGCAGCUCACGUCGCACCGAAGGCUCCAUGACACCCAAGCUGGAGACCAGUGGGGGCACUGCGACUGCGGGCGUCAACAAGGCCGCCUUGGUCAGUGGCGCCCACAGUCCCCAGACGCGCAAUAAGACCCCCACACCGGCCAUGGUGGCUGCAGCAGCAGCUGCCGCGGCUGCGGCCGCUGCCUCACUCCAAGUGCCGCCUCCUCAACCGUUCCUGGCGCUGCCCACAAACCCCAUCAUCAUUGUGCCCUGCUCGCUGAUACGAGCGGCCAGUCUUAUUCCAGGACCACUCACCACUUCGACCUCGGGCAUUGUGAAUCCCGAGUCCACAUGCUUUGCACUCGAGAAUGGGGCCCUGAAGCCGCUGGCCACGGCUCUCAACAUCAAUGCGUUGACCAGCAAUCCGGCAAAUGCUGUGCCCAACAACAACCCACCAGCGAUGCCGAACUUGGAGCCGGAACGUAAGCCAACCAGCGCUGCGGUGGAGCCAGAGAAGAGCAAUGCCAUUGAAAAUGUGCCCGUGAAACGCAAAGAAGCCGGCGGCACACGCGAAUCGACGCCGCUGGAUCUCUCUCUACGUAGGUCGCCCAUUUCGGUGCAACGUCAGCGUCUCAUACGCUCCGCCACCGCACUUCUGGACACUGAAACUCAACAGUCGCAUCGCAUGGAUAUGGAGUCGCUACUGGAGGCGAGCAAAGAGAAUCUGGCGCUAGACCAGAGCGGGAGCGUGACCCCCGAGCAGAUCGUAUGCGCACCCUCCCUGCCCAGCAGCCCUUCAAUGAGUCCCUCGCCGAAGCGACGAGCCAUCAGUCCGCGCAGCUCAGGGGCCGGCAGCACAUCCUCGAUGUCGCCACCAACGAGUGUGAGCGUGCCACAUUUUUCAGCAGCAGCCACCGCCGCUGCUGGUCUAUUGGACAACUUGCCACUGCGCUCCAUGCUGCCCGCUGAUUUUGCUCUAUCGCUCUCGAAUUCCGAAUCCUUGUUGGCGAAGACAAAUCCUGAGCUCGCACUGAAGUUGGCAGCAGCAGCAGCCGCUGCUGUGGCGGGUAGCACCACAGCAGAGUUGGCCAGCAAGCUGGGCUUUUCGGUGCCACCUCCAGCUGCGCCGACCACGGCUCCAACAGCCGCUCCAAACACGCCCAGCGGCCAGCCUCAGAUCUAUGUGAAGCAGGGCGUAUCCAAGUGCAAGGAAUGCAACAUUGUCUUCUGCAAGUAUGAGAACUAUUUGGCCCACAAGCAACACUACUGCUCGGCACGCAAUCAGGAAGGCAACGAGGGGGAAUCCAAGCUCACCCGAACAUCCCCAAAUACGAGCAUCGGCUCGUCAGCGGACUCCACGCCCGUGGCCUAUCAACAACUGAUAUGUGCGGCCUGUGGCAUUAAAUACACCUCGCUGGACAAUCUGCGAGCUCACCAGAACUACUAUUGCCCCAAGGGAGGCGGCGCCCCAGCAGCUGCCACUGGAACAGGAGCAACAGCUAUGGAUACCGUUUCGCUCAGCCUACCCAAGGAGAAGUGCGGCAAGUGCAAAACAGUCCAUGAACAUGGCCUGCCCUGUCCCCCACCAGCAACGUUGCCACAACCCCAAGCUUCACCACUGAUUGCGCCAAGUGCUGGAGUAGAGCGCGUCAUCAGCACCACACCAGCCCCUUCGACAACAUCGUCGUCCUCGUCGAACAAUGUCAACAAGUGUCCUGUGUGUGGUGUGCUUAGCCCUACGGCAGCGCUGGCCCGCAAACACAUGGAAAUGCACGGAACUGUGAAGGCUUUUCGCUGCACCAUCUGCCAGUACAAGGGCAACACGCUACGCGGCAUGCGCACCCACAUCCGAACACACUUUGACAAGAAGACGAACGACAUCAAUGAGGAGCACUACAUGACGUGCAUUUUCGAGGAGGACUCACUCGAGGUGCCCACAGCAGCGGCAGCAAUGCAACAGGAACAAUUGGAGCAGCAGUUGCAGGCAGCAGCCGCAGCGGCAGCAGCUGCCGCCAUCGCGGAGCAGACGCCCCAAAUCUUUAAUUGCGAUUAUUGCAAUUAUACUUCCACCUACAAAGGCAAUGUGCUACGGCACAUGAAGCUGGUGCAUCCACAUGCAGCCAUCAGCUCGCCUUCAAUAUCUCCCGAGUCGCGGGAGCAUGAGCCCGCUACGGACGUUACGGCUGUAAACGGCGAAGCAGCCAACUUUCAUAUUAAAUCGGAGCCGCUGGAUCAUCCCACUGGCGUAGUUUCUAAUCUGGGUCUUGUGCAUGAGAACAACAAUUCUCCACUAGCCACGCCUCUGCCGCACAUUAAGGCCGAGCCUAUGGACAUAGGUCUCGAUGUGGUUCAACCGCCGCCACUUCCACCCAACCUGCCGCCGCCUGUUGCCUCGCCGCUGGGCCCCACCGCCGCCGAGGCCAUGAAGAAGUACUGCUCCACCUGCGAUAUAUCCUUUAACUAUGUGAAGACCUUUCUGGCCCACAAGCAAUUCUACUGCAAGAGCAAGCUGCAACGACCCGAGGCGAACGAUAGUCCCAGUCCCAAUCAUGUGGGCGUAGCAGGACAUGCCAUGCAGCCGCUACAAUCCCCCAGCGAGUUGCUCUUGCUGCAGAAGAAUAAGGAGAAUCUACAGGAGGCGGCCAUUUGAGAGAGCCACCUGAUGUGGCAGGCCCAGCGCAAGCAACUGGAAUGGUACUACAAAUGCUUCUAAGCCGCCUCGAAUCCAAGAAAACAAUUCAAUCCGACAGUAUUCCUAGAGAAUCUCCCAACUGCUUGCCCACCACUACCCCAAAUCCUGAUGACCACACAUAUACGAGUAUAAGCUUGCGGCUGAUCGAGGCAGCUCUCGCUGCGCACUCGAUCCGUAGAUAUAAACUAUGCUAUACUAUAUACAUACAUACAUUAACAUACAUAUAAUAGAAAUCAUGACAUAUAAUGCAUGCCAAAGUUUACCACAUAGAGAAAAAAACAUAACUUAAGUGCAAGAAACUGAAAGUUUUUCAAUAAUUUCAGGGGACGCCAAAAUGUUCCCAUUACCUUUUAAACCCUCUCCCUCUUUUUCUGUUCAAUUUUGAGUUUUGUUCGAACGUUUUUUUUUCUUCUGGUGAUUAGAAAUCCAUUACUAAACUAUAUUGCAAUGUGCCCCAAAUGGGCGUACAAUUAAAACUGUGUAAUUUAACUAUUAAUAUUGUACUACGUAGAUUGUUAAGUGUGUGCGACAAUAAA